AUGGUGAGCCCUUCGUUCUCUCGCGAGAGCGAACCACCGUCGCCCAACGAUCCCCCCAUCACCUCGGGCAACCAGGACAAGAAGAGCCCAAAACGGCCGUACUUUGACUAUGGUCUAUCCACUACACCCGCCGAUUCCUCGUUGCCGCGCAACGCAACAACCGUGGACGUCCCAGAAAACUCUAGCCCAUUUUCAUCUCCUUUGUACUCUCAGUUCACCAAUCUGCUAUCUCUCAAUGCAUGCUCCUUCCCAUCGGAGCUCCCUUCUCCGUCGCAUGCCCGCACACCCGCUUCUCAUAUAAUUAGUGAAAAGGACGUGCCUAUCACGAUCACCACGUCUCCGCCUAAACCCUUCUUCCACUCGCAACCUUUCUGGCUCGUCCUCUAUUUCUGCUUCAACCUCGGGCUCACCCUGUACAACAAAGGAGUAUUAAUUCACUUCCCAUUCGCGUAUACACUCACAGCAAUCCAUGCCUUGUUCGGCACGGUUGGCGGCAUCUUCCUUCUGAAAACUGGAAUAUAUACGCCCGCAAAGCUCUCAAAUGCUGACAAUGUGGCGCUGGUCGCCUUUAGCGUUCUGUACUCUACCAACAUUGCCGUCAGUAACCUAUCUUUGGAAAUGGUUACCCUUCCAUUCCACCAGGUUGUCCGCGCAGCGACACCUAUAUUUACCAUCUUUCUUUCGAUGGUCCUAUUUGGCUCUCGAAGCGGUGGGCAAAAGGUUGCUUCACUGGUUCCUGUUGUUGUCGGUGUUGGCUUGGCCACCUAUGGUGACUAUUAUUGCACGGCCGCCGGGCUCAUUCUGACCGUCCUCGGGACAUUCUUGGCCGCUAUGAAGACAAUUUUUACAAGCAUCCUUCAAUCACCACCAUCACUAUCUCAUCAGCACCACUCCAACUCGCUACUUCGUUGCAUCGUUCCCCCGCGUCUUCAAUUGCAUCCCCUCGACCUUCUGACACGCAUGGCACCUCUAGCAUUCGUGGAGUGUGUCAUUCUUGCCCACAUCAGUGGUGAACUCGAUCGGGUGCGUUUGUGGAGCGCGCACGAGAUGACACCCUGGACGGCAACUGUCUUGUCCCUGAAUGGGGCGAUCGCGUUUGGACUCAAUAUUGUCAGCUUUACGGCCAACAAGAAAGCAGGACCACUAAGCAUGACAGUUGCGGCAAACGUGAAGCAGGUGUUAUCAAUCAUCCUCGCUGUCCUGAUCUUUGAUCUGUCGAUAUCAUUCACAAAUGCAGCGGGAAUCAUGCUUACAUUGGCAGGGGGUGCUUGGUAUGCGGCUGUAGAAUACAGGGAAAGAAGAGCAAGGGGUAAGAUAUGA